CGUUCAUGUCUUUUGUUUAGGGAGUACGGUGCAACUGGCAGCCACAGAACCCAGAACCUGUCUAAUUUCGGUUCGUGACAGCACGUGACGUUAUCAGGAAACGGACAAGCAGUGGAUUUCUUUGUUUCGGAUUCUCGUCUGCCUGACUGGGAAACUAAUUCCACACACAGGUUUUACUUGACCUUUGACCUUACGGACAUCACAGAGAAUGUCACAAUUUGAUGCCCUCCUCGACUUUGGGGAAUCGACCCCUGCAGCCAAUGGAACAGUUCAGCAGACGGAUGAUUUUGAUCCUUUCUCAGCCAGCCCCACCAUCGACAUGAAGGGAACCACAAGUGGGGACCUGCUUGGGGACUUCUCUUUCGACAGCCAGGUUUCACAACAAAGCAACGGGACACACAAUAAUGAGACAGAUGUGUUGAAAGGAUUCAGCUCCCCAUCCAACAAUAUAAACCCGCUGUACGACCUCAUCAACACGGACCUGGAGCCUGACGAACCACCGACAAAUACUACUACUGUACCCUCAUCAAACCCACUGUACGAGAUGUCCGCAGAUUACGAGGAACCACAGAAACCAGACAUGGCUUCGUCCGAGCCCGAAAACCCAAUGUAUGGAUAUUUAUCUAGUGAGGAUAAUACAAAUGGAUCCCCUUCCGAGGAUUUAAUGGGAACAAGUACCACAGUAACUAGCGACGAUUCUGGAGUUACCAUGGAAACUGCUCAAACCAGUGAGGAGGAGUUAAUUAUGGUAAGUGGCGAGAAAUCAGUGGUAGAAAACGGUGAAAAAAUAUAUGAAAAUGUAAGUGUUGUUAAUGGUGAUGCUUCCUCCCAUCAGGAGGAAGUGGUGUGUGAUCAAGGGGAGAUAAUUCAGAAUGAUGUUCAGGAGGAGGUUGCUUCUCAAGAGGAUGCAACUGCUGAACAAGUUGUUGACCAAGAGGUUCAAGGAGAUAUUUCGCAAACUGUGGAUAAUACUGCAGAGUUUGAAGACAAGCCUGUUCAGGAAGAGGAGGGAGAAGAGGAAACUGUGGAGGAGGUAUCCAUGGACUCCUACAUGCAGAGUGCUCCAGCUGAGGCUGUAGAUGAUGUAGCUGAACAAGAACCAGAAGAGGAUCCCAGCCAGGUGGAAGAGGAAGCAAUUCCACAAGAAGAAGAGCAGGUAAUUGAACCUGUUCAGACAGAGGCAGUAGAAACCCAACCAGAACUGGUACAGGUUCCUACUGAAGAACCUCAAGUUCCGGAACCUGUUGCAGAGCCAGAAACCUGCCUUGAACCAGAGCCAGUACAGGCUGAAUUUGAGCCUGAACAAGAGGAACAAAUUCCAGAAGUUAAGUUCCAAGAGGAAAUGGAGGCAGCACCACAGGAGGAUGUAGCUCAGUAUGUGCAAGAGGAAGUUGUUCAGGAAGUUGAAAAGGAUGUUCAGGAUGUUGCACCUCAAGUUGAGGAAGAGGAAGUGCUGCCACAACCUCUGGAGGAGGAAGUGGUACCACAACCUGUAGAGGAAAAGGCACCACAGCAUGUAGAGGAUGUGGCACCACAAGCUAUGGAAGAGGAAGUGGCACCACAAUCUCAAGUGGAGGAAGUGGCACAAACCUUGGAAGAGGAAGAGAUACUACAAGAGGAGCCAAGUGUGACAGAGGACCAACAGGAGGAGAUUGACCAGGUAACAUAUAAGUCCACAUCUUUUAUCUGUCUCUCUCCAACUUCACCGCAAUCUCCGCCCAUGUCUGUCUUCUCCUACGAGGAAGACAACGAUGAUUGCCAGAGUAAUUAUUCUGAUGAGGUAGUGACGGAACAAAAGGACAACAAGACUGUGAAGACCAAGACACAGGAAACGACCACGACCAAAAACGAAGAUUCUGGACCAGUAAACACCACAACUUCCAAAUCCAGCAGUGAGGUGGUAGAAAAUGGCAUCAGCGGCGCUAACAAGGAGGAGGUUCGUUUCGAUGAUAUGGCCAACAUAAAGAACAAAUUUGAGGCUGGAGACAGUCAAGUGAUGACCUCUGCUGGAAAAGUCAAUGUCCACGAAGAGAUCUUAACCGUCCAGAGUGGCGAGUUUGAAAAUCAACCUGAAAAGUUUGAACAGUGGCAAAACCAGACUGAAGGUGGCGUCUAUGAAAACCAGCCACAAGAAAAUCCAGAUGUCUUCAAGGAAGGUCACAAAAAUGUGGGAGAGGAACUCCCAGAGGUUGGUAUGGCUAAAAAUGUCAUGGAAAAAUUCAAGAAAAUACAAGAAGACGGAUAUACACCUUCAGGAAAGAAGGAGUUAACUCCAGACAGAACAGGAAAGUAUGAGUAUGUCAGUGAGCCACGAUCAGUAAUGGAGAAGCCAAAGGAAGUGGUGGAAGCAGGUGUGUUCGAGAGUCAGCCAGCGGAGUCAGAAGAUGUCAUCCGGUCCUCAGAUCAUCUGGAAGAGACAAUGCCAGAGGAAGGAUCGGCUAAAAAUUUAUUGGCUAAAUUCAAAAAGUUUGAAAAUGAGGUUGGCAACAGACCUCCACCGUCUCCAGGACAACGGGAGUUGACUCCAGAUAGGAACACAAAAGGAGAGUAUGUGAGCGAGCCAAGAACACAAUUCCAACAAUAUGAGGGAAAGGUAGAGUCUGGAGAAUUCGAAAGUCAACCACAAGAAGUUGAGGACAUAAUCAAAUCUGGAAAUUCUCUUGAAGAAGUACUUCCUGAAAAGGGCACAGCAUUUAAUCUGGUUUCAAAGUUCAAGCAGUACCAAUCUGAAUCGUCUUCCCCUCCUUCACCUCGACAGAAGAAGGAACUUACACCUGACCGGUCCGGAAAGGUGGAAUAUGUGAGCGAGCCUAGAGGACAGAUUGAAGUUUAUGAAGGUAAAUCAGAAGCAGGUAUUUUUGAAAGUAGUCCAGUUUACCAACCAGAAGUAGUAAAAUCUGGAGACUUCCAACCUGAACCUCUGCCAGAAGAAGGAUAUGCCAAAAAUGUUGCUGCUAAGUUUAAAGAAUUGGAAAAGUCAGGUGGCUCUUCCCCUACUGGUACUCCCAUCCGACACAAGGAGUUCACUCCCCCUAGAGAAGACAGUGACCGUACUGUGGCUGGAGUCCUGGAGAGCACGCCAGAGUCCCUGGACAUAGCCAGAGAAACUGAUUCACGAUUUCAAGAAGCUGAGCUACCAGAGAGAGGUAUGGCCAAGAAUAUGCUUAACAAAUUUAAGGAAAUUCAGGCAAAUUCACCAACCAGUCCCCGCACCAAGAGAGAAUUCACUCCACCUCCAGCGCAAGGAUCGGGCGUAUUCGAGAAUAAACCUACCCCCUCUCUUGAAAUUGAGGUCAGACAGGCAGAAAGUGGAAUUCUAGAGAGUUCGCCAGUAGCGAGGGAAGAUGUUGCCAGAGAACAUACGUCUGCAGAAGAAGCUGUUCCUGAACAAGGACAUGCCAAGAACAUGGUAAAUCGAUGGAAGCAGAUGGAAUCGGAGAGUGCCAAGUCCUCACCAUCUCCGAGAUACAAAGAAUUCACACCCCCGCGUGAUAACCUGAUGAGCCCAAAGUCCCCUGCAGGUAUGAACAGCAGCGUGAACCCUAACGACCUUCCCGGACAGUAUCAGGAGCAAGUCUCUGCAGGUAUCUAUGAGAACACACCCGAACAGAAGGAGGGAAUCUUCAGGGAGACCGACACAGACUUUGAGGAGGGUCUUCCCGCCAAGGACACGACAAGAGCAUUACUACAGAGGUUCAAGUCCAUACAGAGCGAGGCCAAGGAGGCACAGGAAACACCCAAACCUAUCUCCAGAAAAGACUCCAAAGAGAACGGAACCACACCUGUCCCUGAACCCAAGAAGAUGUUUGAGCAAGAAGAAAGUGCUAAUGGUCCAUUCUGUGAUCAUGGUGAUGGUAACCAUGGUGAUCUGGAUGAUCAGGUGAAUCCUGAUCAAGAUAGUCAGACUACUGAACAGGAGACUGAUCCACUUCUGGCUGUUAAGAAGCCAAGCUUUGUGCCUGUCCUCGACAAGUGCGCAGCAUGUGGAAAAACAGUCUAUGCGUUGGAAAAAAUGGAGGUCAACAAAAGUCUAUACCACAGGGCUUGUGUUAGGUGCUCCCAUUGCAAAGCUGUUGUAACGUCAAAAAACAUGUCAGUGAAUGAAGGGGUGAUUUUCUGCACACCACACUUCAAACAGCUGUUUGCCAGAAGGGGUAACUAUGAUGAGGGAUUCGGACGGAAGCAGUACAAAAAGAAAUGGGCAGCGGAAGAGAAUGGAGAAACCAGUUAAAUAUUUGUAGGAUUUAAGUCAUGAACUCUUCUCAUACCAUACUUUGUAUAGCCAGCUGUCCAUAAUAUUAUUUUAUUGUAUUCCUUCUGGUACCACCAAGUAAAUGUCGUUGAGUGUGGCAGAGGUCUGUUCUGUCUGUCUGACAGUACCACUAACUGACUGAGGUAACUGACUCAGUUCUGUGUUCCAGUAUUACUGUGUUAGGAAACUUUGGAGACUUGGAAAUACUGCAUUUUACUUAAAUUUCAUUGGAUGUCUGUUCUUGAUGUUAUGCCUUAUACGCCGUUAUUGUACGGUUUUCAUUGUGAUAGUGACUAAAGCAUGGUCUGCUAGUGCUGAACAAUACUUCAGGACAUUGGUGAAGUCCUCCAGCUCACAGAUGAUGCUGAAGUUUGUACAACACUAAAUUCCUUCUGAAAUCUGAGUAAUUUGUAGCUUGACGGAAAAGGCUUGCCACAAGAUACUGGAAAUAAUGGAUAGUGUGUGCAAUCAAGACUAUAAUGAUGAUCAAAUCCAAUCUAAUUUUUCUAUAUACAAUAUAAACAAAAUGAAAUGUCCGUAUCACUGGAUAUGUUAAUUACUUAACUAUGUAAUUGAUGAAAGAUUAACGUAAUAAAUGUCUGUAAAACUAAAAAAAAAAAGUUUUUACUGAAUAUGUCAUAAUUUUGACAUAUGCAGUUUAAAUAAUAUGAUAAUAUAUUCUUUGAUAUUUUGAUUCGUUUGAUUUCGGUUUAUGAAACAAAUUUUGCCUUAAAUGUUAAGAUGAAAUUGUGUAGUAAAUUAUCAGUGGUAUCUGUAUAUGGACCAGAAGUUCUUUUAUGAUUCAUGACACAAAUUUUUAAUAAAAAAAUGUUUUUUUUGUGUUUCGGGAAAUGGAAAUGACACAAUUCUGUGAUGAAGUCCAGCAACCAAACGAUAUCUUUCAUACUUCAGUUUUUCAAAUUUUUCAUCAAAAUUACAAAGAAGGAAUUUGAAUUAUUUUUUUCUGGUAUCAGUACAGUACUUAUGUCAUUGUUAAACAGUCGCACCCGUAAAAAUCUUCCAAUUCCUUUUUGUCCGUUUUAUACAGGUACCAGUAUUUUUUGUUUUGUUUAUUAAUUGAAUCAUGAACUAUGCAACUGGUGCUGCUGUGUGAGACGGAACACGAUUGUACACAGUAGACAUUUUAUACAACCUGUGUACGACUCAUUGUCUUAUUCAAUGUGUUUCUGUGUGAGACGGAACACGAUUGUACACAGUAGACAUUUUAUACAACCCGUGUACGACUCAUUGUCUUAUUCAAUGUGUUUCUCAUCUAGCUUUUGCUUUUGUACGUUCCUUGACGAUCUAUUUUGACAAAAUUGUUUUCUCUUGAUAUUUUAUAAAAUGUGAUUUUGAAAAAAACAAAUAUAUGAUUGAUGAUGGAUGAGUUAAAUUACAUGUUGUAGGUGAUCUCAAAUUACUGUCCACCUUUAACUUAAGUCGUGCUUUUGUCUACUUUUCAUGCAAUUUGUACGCAAAUGUUUUUGGCAAUGAUGAAAGAGUUAAAAAGCAAUUUGACUACCUGUUGCUGUAGGUAAUAUUGCCGUCAGUACUUGGAAGACACAAAGCCAGGAACCUUUGCACAGGUGACUCCGUGGUCGAGCUCUUUUACCUGUGUAAUUUAUCAUCUAUCUAAAAAAAUGUCCAAGAAAAAUCGUAAGGCCAAAAGAUUUUUUUGAAAUUAUAUGUCAAUUUUCAAGGUUUUUACAUUUUUAAAUGCGUAGACCGUUAGAGGUCUUGACUGUAUUAAGUAUAGAAGCAUUCAUUUAAUGUAUUAAGUAUAGAAGCAUUCAUUUAACAGAGGAUAUAACUUCUAAGUCUUCUAUUACAGGCCUAUUUCUACAGCAGAUUACAGGCACAAUUCAACAAUCAAUGAUUUGACAAAAAAUAAUAAUUGCAUGGGGGAACAUUUUGUGUACUGAAUGAGAAGAUGUACUGAAUAAAAUGCAGUAGGUUCUUAGGGUUUAUUUAUAUUUAUUUAUUAUAAUUAUUCGGAUCGGGAGGUUUCACCUGAAGAAAGUUGUACAUGUAAGUAACACUGUGCUAUUAUAUGUAUGGGGCCAAUUUCAACAACAGGAAAUGCACCCUUCUAGAAAACAAAACUGGUUUUCACCAGGAAAUAAAAAUAAGUCUUAUUAUACAGUACUGACAUAGGAAAUGUGAUACAGGAAUGAUAUGUAAGAACGAUGGUGAUAGUUUACCUUGGUAACAUACGGUUGCCUAGUAACAUGAUGUGGACAUGUCGUUGAUAUGUGUAUGAAUGUUUUACACCGAGAAUUGACAAUUGUUUUGUAAUUGUUGCUUGCUAGCUUAUUGUGUAAACGAUAUUAUGCCUAUAAUUGUUGUGUAUAUAUAUUAUAUAUAACUUUCUUUUCAGAAGCUGUCUUUUUGUAGAGCUGUAGCGUUGUAGUAGUACAGUGUAUUUCAUUAUAAGUAUAGAUUUCACUUCAAAACAUUUUAAAGAUAUCUUUCACAUUAUGAAUUUAAUAAGAAUUAUUUUUUCAUGUUUUUUUUUUUAACAUUAUAAUCAUGUGAAGUUCAAAAACUUCCUAAUCAUAGUCUACAUUUUUUCACAAGUGCAAGUUGAAAUGAAAUACCAGUGCUUGAUGCAUAGGAAUUUUGCAAUAAAUAAACAAAUUUUAAGUUCA